AUGUCUGCGCGGUCACGACGUCUCCGCGGUCACGAUGAGAAGGCUGCACGCUGCAGCCAGUCAGUGAGCCAGCCAGCUGCAAACAGUGGAACAACGAAGAAGUGCUGCAGUGAACGGAGGCGAGGAGAGCCCGAGCCGCUUGUUGUUCCUACAAGGUAAAGCAUUUAUCAUUUUAACGUUUUAAACAAACUACUUAAUUCAUUUCAGCAGUAUUUUAGACAAGAAAGCUAAGCAUUAGCUGAAAAAAGGUUUGAGGGAAUCGUGAGCGCUCAGAGUGGGCUGUGGGGUUGAAGACACUGCAGUGACAAACGCUCUCAGCUCCUAAGAUUGAUAUGCUGUCUCGGUGUGAUCCUGGCGUGUCACCGUGUAUGUUUGUUGCUCCGGUAGAGCGAGGAUACCACCCUGUAGCCCAGUUUUUAAAGGUCUCAAACUAGUCCGCGUCCUUUUUAAGAGAGCGUAUAGCAGUAGUGAUGUGACCUGUACCGUUUACCGGACAGUGGUGCUCUUGCUCUGUGUUAUUUAACGUUUUCAAAUUUCCGUCAAUUUCCGUGCGAGCUAAGCUAUCAGCGAUGAUGCUGGGAUUACAGGGCAAGUUAGCUCGUGCCCAGUAACGGUCGAAUGGGAGCAGUUUGACGCAUGGGGAGAUUACAACUCGACAAACGGACUCGGAUUUUCUCUUUCAUUUCUAAGCUUUUUUUCCCUCUAAAGUUUACUGAGGCAGUCAACCAUUAAGACGCUGACUGGCAGGGUGUGAAACAUCGCAAGGUUGCGUUACUGUUGCCUGGCCAACAUCUCACAAACACGAGAGCGGGGGAGUGUCCGACCGUGCGCAGGUGUAACGUUCAUAUUCAGCUGCGCGUGAAAUCUGCUGUGGUUAUUGUGGUCUGCUUUCAAUAUGUAUAAGGUGCUGUAGUGUUAAAAAUGAACUGUGUACGACCCUGUCAGACAACGCAGCGUGAAGCAUAUGCCACUCUGAUUUUCUUUUUGUGAUUCAAACAACUGUUUUUCAAGAGUCACACCGUCUGUUUAAGUAUUUUAAAAGUUAUAUGCAUUUUGAUCGGUAUUUUCACUUCUUAUGGGUGUGUCUGAGGAGGGACGAAUACAGUGCAUUUCUCCUUAAAAAAGGAAGACCACUUGCCCUGCUUGUUUGACCAUCAGUCCCUUCUUCUUUGUGUGUUUAACCUGCAGGACCUGCUUGAUGGAUCCACCUCAGGAUGGCAGUUGA